CAAACCACAUGGGGGCGCUGUGACGACAGAGCGCAGCGCAGAGUGCAGUGAAGUGCUCUUGCUCGAGUCUCCGCCUCUGCCAGCACCACCGCGGAUGACGUUGAACAACAAAGAUGGCAGGAGGAAACAGCAACUAUUGGGAAGACCUGCGGAAGCAGGCGAGGCAGCUGGAGAAUGAACUGGACCUGAAGCUGGUGUCUUUCAGCAAACUGUGCACCAGUUACAGCAGCUCUCGGGACGGUCGUAGAGGAGACAGUAGUUCAGAUACAACACCUCUGCUCUGUAACUCCACUCAGGACAGAAUGUUUGAGACCAUGUCAGUGGAGAUUGAGCAGCUACUUGCAAAACUGACAGGGGUGAAUGACAAGAUGGCCGAGUAUACGAGCACACCUGGAGUAACGUCCCUGAAUGCUGCUCUAAUGCACACUCUUCAGAGGCACAGAGACAUCCUACAGGACUACACACAUGAAUUUCAUAAAACCAAAUCAAACUUCAUGGCAAUCAGGGAGAGGGAGGAUCUUUUGGGAUCUGUGAGAAAAGACAUUGAGACAUAUAAGAGUGGCUCGGGGGUGAAUAAUAGGCGGACAGAGCUCUUCCUGAAAGAACACGAGCACCUGAGAAACUCAGAUCGACUUAUUGAUGACACAAUAAGCAUUGCCAUGGCAACCAAGGAGAACAUGACCUCCCAGCGAGGUUUUUUGAAGUCUAUACAGAGCAGGGUCAACACCCUGGCCAACCGUUUCCCUGCCAUCAAUAACCUAAUACAGCGGAUCAACUUGAGGAAGAGGCGGGACUCAUUAAUUCUGGGAGGAGUCAUUGGCAUCUGCACCAUUCUUCUGCUGCUAUAUGCAUUUCACUGACAAACAGGGGCGCUAACAACUACUUUUAGGGGGUGUUCUGCAAAGAGGUGGCAAAGCCUUGAGAAAGGGCUCAAUGAGAGGUGGACCAUUGGGGCAACAAAGCAGAAGCCCACCUGGCCUAGUCUGGAAACAGGAUUGUUUGUGGCCAGCAUGGACCUUAUUUGUAAUUAGCAUCAGAAGGGGUUUAGCUCUAAGAGCCUUUUUUGUUUCUGUACUACAAACAAUGCGCUGUUCAGAUCUGAACUGGGACUGGAGACCAAAUUAUUAACAGGAAUAGAUUUCAAAGAGCAUAUUAUAACACGCUGGCUUGAGAAAAUGAUGCUGUGAAGCAUCAAAAUGGCGUUGUGUUGUUCCUGUAUAUUAUUAAUCGGAAGAGGGUUUUAAUUUGAUGAUCCUUUUAGUAAGAGGGUUUCUCAUCAUGCUGUGUACUUUGUGAAUUAAUAAAUUAUUCAUAUACGGAAUAUUAAAAAUGUGUGUGAAACACUA